CUCUAGUCUCUCACAUCAGAAUCAAAGAAGCCGGCCGGUGCUACCACUAAUUUCUUCCAACCUCUCCAUAACCCUAUUACUGUUUCUUGGCUUACCGCAAAAUUAAAAAAUCUCUCAUUCAUAAAAGAUCACGUCCAUCCUUGAUGCUCUUCCGUGCAUAUAUGAUAUAUAUCGAACUUUGCCAAUCCACCAAACCACAAGAGAUAUAGCUAUGGCGACAAAGCUUGUUUUCUCUUCAAUACAAUGGCUGUGUUCUCACUUCUUUUGGGAAGCAACUAUAUCCCUGCUUGGAGUACUACUCGUUCUUCGUUGUAUACUUGAGAGACUCACCAAUAACGGUCCAAUGUUAUGGCCAGUUAUGGGGAUCAUACCAUCGCUAUUCCUUCAUAUCAACAACAUUUAUGAUUGGAUCACCGAGUCGUUGAUCAAAGCUGGUGGAACCUUCCACUUCAGGGGAAUGUGGAUGGGAGGGGCGUAUGGAAUCGUAACCGCUGAUCCUUCCAACAUUGAAUAUAUGCUCAAAACAAAGUUCAAGAAUUUCCCCAAAGGUAAGUACUAUAGAGAGAGAUUUUAUGACUUGCUUGGGAAUGGCAUUUUUAAUGCUGACGAUGAGUUGUGGAAGGAACAGAGGCGAAUUGCAAUUUCCGAGAUGCAUUCAACUCGGUUUGUUGAGCAUUCGUUUCAAACCAUGCAAGACUUGGUGCAUCAGAAGCUGCUGAAAUUGUUCGAGAAGCUUGUGGAGUCAAAGGACAGCUUCGAUCUCCAAGAAGUUCUUCUUCGGUUUACUUUUGACAACGUCUGCUCUGCCGCUUUUGGCGCUGAUCCUGGCUGCUUGGCCCUUGAUUUACCUAAAGUUCCGUUUGCAAAAGCUUUCGAAGAAGCCACAGAAUUGACCCUUUUCAGAUUCAUCGUGCCACCUUUUGUAUGGAAGCCCAUGAGGCACUUUGGGAUAGGAUACGAAAAGCGGCUCAAGGAGGCAAUAAAAAUCGUGCAUGAUUUCGCUGACAAGACAGUGGCACUUCGAAAGAACGAUUUAACCAAGUUUGGCAGCUUAAGUGAUCAUUGUGAUCUCUUGUCGAGGCUUAUUGAAGACUCUGAACAAGGUAAGAAAAGGAAUUUUCACGACAAAUUUCUCAGAGAUUUCUGCAUUAGUUUCACAUUAGCAGGGCGAGACACGAGCUCAGUGGCAUUGGCAUGGUUCUUCUGGUUAAUACACAAGAACCCAGAGGUGAAAAGCAGAAUUCUCAGUGAGAUUAAUGAAAUUUUGGGUUGCCGAAACUGCAAGAAUGUACUACAUGAUGAUCAUGACGUAGUUUUUACAGUGGAAGAACUAAAGAAGAUGGUGUAUCUACAAGCAGCAUUAUCAGAAUCUCUAAGGCUUUACCCUUCGGUGCCAAUGGACAUGAAAGAAGUAGUGGAAGACGAUGUUUUCCCGGAUGGUAACAUGGUUAAAAGGGGGGCUCGGGUUCACUACUGCAUUUUCACAAUGGCUAGAAUGGAGUCCGUAUGGGGAAAAGACUGCUUGGAGUUCAAGCCAGAGAGGUGGAUUAAAGACGGGCAGUUUGUGAGCGAGAAUCAGUUCAAGUAUACUGUGUUCAAUGCCGGUCCAAGAUUGUGUCUAGGGAAGAAAUUUGCUUAUAUGCAGAUGAAAAUGGUGGCUGCUUCAAUUCUGUUGAGGUAUGAAGUUAUGGUUGUUGAAGGCCAUGAAGUUGAUCCGAAACUCACAACCACUCUUUACAUGAAGCAUGGAUUGCUGGUGACUCUCGAGCGUACGUAGGUCGGUUGCCACGCUGUACUUUUUUAUGCCUAUAGCCUAUUUUAUUUGGAAUAUUUAAUGUAGUUGAAAAGUUUC